AAAAAAAUUAAAUCUGAUCGUAUAAUGUUUUAUACAAAACGCGCGAAGAAUGUGAUACUUUACUAUAUUAUUUUUUACUCUUCGGUUUUCAUUGUGUGAGAUUCUGCGAAUGGCAUACUUACCUAUAUUCUUUUUAUGUUCCGUGAGCGUGAUCCACAAAAUUUGUAUGCUUUGGGGAGGACUUUCAGUUUUCGCCCAUAACCUGAAUCUUCUGUGAUAUUCAAAACAGAAUAUUACAAUUUGGAUUCGCCGGCGAAUUAGAAUUAUUUUAAUUUUAAAUCAUGGAUGUUUUUUUAAUGAUACGGCGAAAGAAAAUGACAAUAUUUACGGAUGCUAAGGAAAAUACAACUGUUCUCGAGUUAAAGAAAAUUAUCGAAGGAAUAUUAAAGAUACCUCCUGGAAAUCAACAGCUAUUCAAUAAGGAUAACCUUCUUAUGUCAGAUAACAAAUGUUUGUCAGAUUAUGGGCUCUCAUCAGCUACUGCCAAAGCACAAUGCCCAGCAGUGAUUGGGUUAGCUAUACGUCAAGAUAAUGGACAAUUCGAGCAAUUAGAAAUGACGCCAUUCUCUCUACCCCCAGAUCUUCCUGAAGUAAUGAAAACUCAAGAAACUAAUGGUCAAGAGCAAUCACCAUGAGUUCUGCUAAUGGGAAUAAAGUCAAUUGAAAAACAUCCACUUGUUUUUCGAAUGGAAGAAACCCAUUAGACUCUAAAGGAUAUCAGAGUCUGAAAAUAGACAUUUCACAAGAAUUUUUUUUAUAAGUGCAUUAAUACAUAUAAUAAUUGAAAGGAAGAAACCAUUUAAAUCAAACUUCUUGAAGAAAGUGUCUCUGAUUAUCGAUGAAUUUCAAAAUUGUUAAUUCAUAACAAAAGUCUAACCUACUUUUUGUAAUAUUUUGAUUUUUGCACUUAUUGAAUUGAAGAAAACUGAUAUUUUCUCUUAUACCUGCCUAAUGUAAGCUUGAUGCUUAUUUGGCAAUAUUAUUUUUAACUCAAAUUUGUUUGAGAUAUAAAAAAAAACACAUCAGUCAUCUCAAUGUUCAUGUGAUAAUGCUAAGUUGGGUAAGCAGCUAACAAAUAUUAAUUUCAUAUUACCUUUUAAGAUGCAACCAUUCGAAAGGCAUACAACCAUUUUACACUUUUGUAAACUCUACACAAAAAAUAAAUAAUGUGUUUUCCAUCUUAAAAUCACUAUAUGUAUAAUGUACCAUUUAUUGAAUUUUAUAGCAUGAACAUUUUGUUUUUGUUGUUUCAUGUCUAUAAAUUAAAAUAAUUUAUAAAAGUCUAAUGUGUAUAAUAUGAUAAAUUUUAUAAAUUGCGAUUGCAUGGAAAACACAAAUGCAUUAGGCACCGUAUGAAUAAAACCCAUUUUUUGAGAUCCUUAAAAGAUGGAAUAACUAAUCAUAUACAGAGUUUUUUUAUUAUUGCCUAAACAAAUAGGUAAUCAGGGCCACGUAACUGAUCAAUAAAUAUGUGGUGCCUUUGCUGCCACACAGAAAAUUUUGUAAACAAUUUCAUCAUAUUUCCUUUAUCGUGAAAGGCAGCUGAAGUAUUGAUUUUAAAUACAUAAAUUUUAUAUUUAUUUUUUUUGGCUCUUAUUUGAUUAGAAAACCACAAGUAUAAUAUAUGAGCUUGACUUCUACCAAAUGAUAUUUAGUUAUAAAAUGCCAUCUAUGCUAUGAAUGUAAAACUAAAUAAAUUUGCUAAUAUUAUUAACAAAUAACAAAA